GCCCUUAUUUUGAGUUGAUAAUCUGUGAGCUAUGAGAAAGAUUCAAGCUCGUAGUCAGAGUGUGGAUGAGCAGUUCACCCUUAAGAGCGAGAGCAGCAGGUGUGCAUCCUAAAAGACAUCAGCUUAUUCUAUUCAAUGAUCUGCAAACCUAUGAAAUCAUUGCUCACUUAAUUCAGAACUGAUCAUGGGAGCUUCACAGAGCAAGGAUAAGAUGCAUUGCACCAGAUACCUGAACGGAAAAGGUCCUCCACCGCUGACUGAGACAGCUGUUCAAACAGAAGAUCAAGGAUCAAACAACCCCAAAAAGAAUACACUGAUAAAACAAGGAAACCAGCCAGACGGAGGGCAGAUGAAUUGGAAAAUCGAAAGACGGAGUUUGCCGGGACAUUCUGACUGUGACACAAUUCAAAUCUUCUUUUAUUUUGAUGAUGGAAUCCAGUCGGGCAAGCAUCCUCACCCAGCACACAACUACAAGGGCACCGAAUUUGUGGCCUACCUGCCUCAGAACACCACAGGGACCAAAGUCCUCCGGCUAUUGGAGCAGGCCUUCGAACACAAGCUGCUCUUCACUGUGGCGGCCAAUAGCAGCGGUGAAUACUGUGUGAUGCCUGCAGAUAUACCUCUCAAGACUAUGGACAGCGGGGGACCUGGAAGCUUGGGCUAUCCAGAUCCAACGUACUUGAAAACAGUGAAGAAUAGUCUCAAGGUCAAAGGGAUUAAAUGAGAGAGGAUGGAUUAUAAUUACUAUGACUGUUAAUUCCCAACCUCAUCACGACCCUGCGUGAUCAAAAUAUGGAUAUGGAUGUGGCAUGAUUACAUGGAUUUUGACAUGUCCAAAUCCACAGAACAUGGUCAAGGCUGAUCAGUUUGAGUUUAUGAGGACCUGUAUAUGCCAGAAACUGAGUUGCAAAGAUGCACAUGGCAACUUGUGAGAUGUAGUGUAUUUUCUAUUAAACAGAAGAGUUCUAGCAUGAAGUAAGACGUUAUUGUAUACUCUGCAAGCCAUUGCACAGUGUUUGUUUAAAGUGCUUUUAAAUAAUUUUAAAUUAUAAUUAAAAAAUAAUUAAACC